AAAGAGUAGACGCGUCACGCGCGUAUUUUCGUCGCCGACGUUGAGCAAAAAUAAAUAUUCGCGACUAUCAAAUAUUGCGAGAAAUAUCAGCGCCAUUAGAGGAGAUACGCGGAUGCCGUUAUUCGCGUAUCGUGGCGCGUCGUUAAGCACAGUCGUCGGUCAGGGUUCAGGUAAUAACAUUUGUGUUCUCCUUCUCUCGAAGUUGGUCAGUCGCGUUUCGAUGACGACACGUCUGUGAGCACGACCGUAUAUAUCGCUAAUCUUGUCCGGAGUGAGUAACACACCUUCGAGACGCGUGCUUCGCCGCGGAACGUCGAAUAAAAGUGGGAAGCGAAGAUACAGCGAGAUCAUUCAAUAGGAGAGACAAGAGAGACACGCAUCCCUUGCGAGAAGAGAAAAGACUUUCAUUGUCAUCGAAGGGCCGUUCAUCAAGUCGUUAUCAGGAUGAGCUAUCUGAAGUCGAUCGGCACAGCCGUCAUCUACGUCGGUCUGUUCCUGGCCGUGAUCACGUUCAUGCCGGGUUUGCCGCCGGAGACGGACUUUCAGGAAUACAGCUUCGUGUCGCCGCGCGAUCUCGAUUCCAAGUUGGGUCCGAAAAAUCUCACCGGCAUUGAAAAGUUGUUUGAGAAUAAAAUUUUUGGACCGGAGGACUUUGCCUCGUACAACGGUCAGAUUUACACCGGUGUUCACGGCGGUUACGUUAUGAGAAUUGAGGAAAAUCACCUCGUACCCGUUGUCAAGUUCGGAAAGCAUUGCGCUGGUAUUUGGCAAGAGCAGAUAUGUGGCAGGCCGUUAGGAAUGAGAUUUGAUAAAAAGGGCAAUUUGUAUGUGGUGGAUACGUAUUAUGGGAUUUUCAAAGUAGACAUUGCAACCAGAAAGUACAAAAACAUAGUGAAUAUCUCUAAGCCUAUUGAUGGAAAAGUUCCAAAACUACCUAAUAGUUUAGAUAUUGCAGAUAAUGGAGAUUUUUAUUGGACUGAUAGCAGCACAGAUGUUCAAAUUAAUGAUUUAGUAUUGGCAAUGUUGUUAAAUCCAACGGGAAGGCUUAUACAUUAUAAUGCGGCUAAACAAGAAAACAAAGUGUUAAUGAAAGACCUUGGAUUUGCAAAUGGAGUUGUGUUGAGCGAUGACGAAAGUUACGUGCUCGUAGCGGAGACAAUGAAAAGUCGUAUCGUGAAGUACAAUUUGAAAGGACCAAAAGCAGGAAAGCAAGAGAUUUUCAUCGAAGGUUUGCCAGGUGUACCAGACAAUCUUGUGAGUGACGGGCAUGGUGGCAUCCUCGUCACUAUGAUACUUACUAUCGACUCUGAACAUCCUAAUCUCUGUCAGUCUCUCGCGCCACAUCCGUAUUUAAGAAAAAUGUUUGUACGAUUGCUCUUGGCGAUGAGAUUACCGUUUAAACUGUUGCACGACAUCUACCCGAAUACGUACACAGAAAAAGUCAUACAUGCAAUAGGAUCGUUCCAAGGCAUUGGAAAGCUAGUUACUCCGACAUAUGUAUCUUUGGUGUUGAGAAUAGACGCGUCUGGUAAAAUUAUAGAAGCUGUCUCCUCCGUAGAUGACGGUAUAAGCUCGGUUCAUUUACACAAAGAUUAUUUGUGGUUCGGCUCUCCGUGGCAAUCUUUUCUCCUUAGAGUCCCGGUAAAACAGGUAUUUCCUAGUCUAGCUUCUCAGACAAGAAGCGAGAAACAGUCACAGAAACAGUCGACCACUAGUUCGAACAACAAGUCAGAAAAAGUCAAGAGAGACACAGCUUCUACAACAACAAAGCCAAUCGAAUCGAAAAAAACCUCUUCUCAGACAACGCCGAAACCGACGGCCGCUCCGACAACAACACCCAAACCAACCGCUGCUCCAACCACAACCAAACCACCACCGACAACAACACCCAAGCCAACAACAGCUACGCCAAAACCAUCCCCUAAGGUUGAUAAACCUACUACUGACAGCGAGAACGUAAAGCCGGAAACUAAAUCCGUUAAUAACGAUGCCAAAAAGAGUAAUGCGAAGAAAGUUGACAACGUGAAUGCACAGAAAUCGCAACCCGAGAAAGUUGAACACAAAAAAACAACUCGUCCGAGAGAUGACCUCUAAUGAAAAAAGAGUAAUUUAUUAAUAUUAUAUUGUGAUAUUAUUAACACACUUGUUGAAUGAAUACACUCCAGUUUUACACAUCACAUUUUCAAUGACGAAUGGGUUAAAGGUAAUAUAUACAUAUAUAGAAUGUCGAUUUCUCAGAGAUGUUAGUCAUGUCGUUAAUACUAUAUUUAAAUCUUGCACAAUCAGUUAUGUAGAGUGGCCUAUUGUUUUUAGCACAAUUGGAAUGAAAUUCUCCGUUAACUUUGUAUAACGUGAUUCCAAAUUUAUUAUUUCUUCAUGUAGCAAAUCAUGUUUUCCGAUUACAUUACUAGUAGUAACAAAUUGAAUACUACUUAAAUUAUCUGUUAUAGUGAAUAAUGAAAAACGCAACAAUACUCAUUGAUAGAGAGAGAGAAAUCUACCUUUUAUUUUAAAUUAAAGAUUAAAAUAAGGCUGAGAAAAUAUUUAGAGAGAAAUAUAUAUAUAUUAGUUGCCAUGAAUGUGAGUGCUAUGUGAGUCGUGUGCAUAUAUGUAUAUAUAAACACAAAGUGAAAAUUAUUGAUUUUGAAAAUUUUAUUACGUGUUUUCCAUUGAUA